GUGAGAAAAAGAAGCCAUUCUGCCAGUGAUGGGGAUGAUGUAGAGGUCAGGGAAUUUGGUCAUGAAAUAUGGUUUGCAUUAUGCUCUGAUUCAAUUAGAAGUUAGUUUUUGUUUUGUUUUGUAUAGAGGAAAUCCUCUUGCAAACAUGUUGUCUGAGUUACUAUUAUCUAACCUAUUGCCGGAGAACAGAUACCAGAGAAAAUGAUUGAAUCUGCUCCAAAACAGAAAUGUAAUUAUUAAGUCUGACACUCUUAACUCUGAAAAGAAAGUCUUUGGUUGUAUUUACUAUAAAUUACUCAGUUUUGUGUAGCAGUGGCACAUUAUUUGACUCACAAUUGAGUAUAUUAUAUGCCAGCAGUCCGUAUGAGUUUCUGUUUAUACUGUAUGGUCCACAGAAAGUAUGGAAGGUUGCUGGAAUGUGCUGAUGUGCAGCUGGACAAUGAGUAAUUCUGCCUUUAAGUAAUUCUGCCUAGGAGCAGAUUGUUUCCCAGUUGUUCACCUCUUGUUUCUUGGGUCAUGUCUGUGGUGCAUCAUGCAAGCAAUAGCAUGUGGCAUUCAGGGGUAGGAUACUAGGCCAGUUGAGCUAUGGGCACUCAUACUGAAGCACGUAGUGACUUUUACCUUCCAAAGGAGUGAAGAACCAUUUCUGCAGGCAGAAAUGGUUUUAAAUGGCUUGUUUUGAAGUAUCUGUUCCUCAAAUAGGCCACUUCAACUGGAGUAAGACUGUCAUCUUGUAAGGCCUUACCCAAGGUUGAAACAAUUACUGACUCGACUUUUGUUAACCUACAAGCUGCUUUUAGCUAGCAGGUGCCUUCUGGGAAUGAUGCAAAAAGAAAAAAUACUCUCUGGCUUCCUUCCCAGCUGCUUGUGAUGCAAAUGUGGAUGCUGUGCUGAACCUGCUGGUUUAUUUCACUGCUUGUCACCAAACCCAGUGAUGUGGAUAUACAGAUGUUAACGCUGAGACGAAUAAAGAAUAACUUGCAAAUUUCUUACGCAUCAUGGGAAAGUUAGUCAUAGUGAUUAACACCAAGAAGCAGCGUGCUAACAUGAAGAGGUGAAUGCUAAGCAUAUCCCCUACUGACUGUGCUUGAAUUGGAUUCUACUGGAUCACGGAGAUCAUAGAAGAUGUGGCACGUGUCUUUGGAGAUGAACUUCUAGUGAAUGGCCUAGAUCCAUGUAUUCGUUCACCGAUGUCCAGCUUGUUGCUUUGGGAUCUUACUUGGUGAAGUGCCUGAGACCAACAGCAGUGGCCAAAAUCAGGCUCUGACUUCUGAAUUUACAAGGCAGGAUGAAAGACCGGCUAAAUGAGAUGCGUGAACUUGCCAGGUUGCACAACCAAGAGUUUUCUUAUAGUGAGGAUGAUGAAAAUUCACCCCGUGACAUUCUCCUUUAUGAGACUGAUUAUGCCUUGGAAACUCUUCAUAAGGACAUAGAGAACAUCCGGACUGAAAAUAACCUCCUAAGGGAGGAUGUCAAGCGACUAAAAAAGCAAAACAGCCGCUUCCUUACUUCCAUGCGCCGUCUUAGUAGCAUUAAACGAGAUACUAAUAGUAUUGCCAAAGACAUCAAGGCCCGUGGAGAAAGCAUCCACAGGAAACUCCAAAUAAUGAGAGAUUUCUGCGAAGAUGCAAUAACAAAAUAUGGGGUUAUGUCUGUCAUUGCCAGGGUAGCAAAGAACCAUUACGUUGACCUCAUGCAUGCCUUCCAGGAAGCUAUGUUUGAAUACAAUGCGACAGAGAUGAACCAACGGGAGAACUGCAAGAUCCGAAUUCAACGUCAGCUAGAAAUCAUGGGCAAAGAUGUUUCUAGCAACCAGAUUGAGGAGAUGAUUGAGCAAGGCAGGUGGGAUGUUUUCUCUGAGAAUCUCUUGUUGGAUGUGAAGGGAGCUCGCUCAGCCCUGAAUGAGUUAGAGACACGUCAUAAGGAGUUGGUGAAAUUAGAAGGUCGUAUUAAGGAGAUUCACGAGCUCUUUCUGCAGGUGGCCCUGCUAGUGGAAGAACAGGCAGACACCUUUGACGUCAUUGAGAUAAACGUGCAGAAUGUUGAGGACUAUGUAGGAGAAUCCAAAGAGCAAAUAAAAAAAGCAUUAGAAUACAGAAGAAAACACCCCCUCAUGACAAUCCUCUGCUGCUGCAUUUCGUUUUGCAAAAGGUGAUGAUCCUACUGAAGCAAUCGUGGACCAACUUGAAUGUUUUCAAAUCAGAUAUUCUUUUCAGUGAUUUUUCUUUAAUGACAACGCCCAUAAUUGUGGGCACUGUUGUGCAGUUUGUUUUGUUUGGUAGCAUGUUCCUAAAUGUGCUGAAAAAUUGCUCUAUUUAUGGCCUACUGGAAGUGUUGAUAAAACUAUUUUAAACUAUUUUUAAUUGAAAUGCACUCUCUUACUGUAACUGGAGGUGCAAGGACUCAGAAGAUUGCUGUGCAAUGAUACUUGUUCCAGUCAAUAAAGAGGAAUGAAGGACAGGCUAAGAGCCCUAGGGAAAACAACAAAUUUCAAGAGGUUAUUUUGUUCUUAUGAGUCAAAGUGGUCUGCAGGCAGUGCAUGCUUAAUGCCUGUGGUGACAGAAUACACCACAGAAUCCAGAGAUUGGAAUUCUAACUAGUUUAGGGCCUGCUUGAUGCAAAUACUUGAAGAGACUUUUGCUCUGCUUGUGCAACAAAAUACUGAGCCUGGUACCAGGAGCAGGAUGCAAAACUAGCUUCUGUUUCAACUUUAUUUCCAUCUGUCACUGGUCUUAACAGAAGUAAGCUGCACCUUAAAGCGUAACAGGCAUGUUUUGCUGUUUGUGUUCAGGUGACUGUUUGUCUCCAUUUUGAGUGCCCACAACUGCAACACGGAGCCAUCACAUUGACUCUUUUUAAAUUGAGCCACUGAAGAUCUUAACUUAAAAACUGCCAUACUUUUAGGUUUCAAAUACAUGCUUCUGCCAAUUGAUGUAUCAGACAGCAAAAGAGAUGCAUGCAGAUGCCCUCUGUGGAAGCACGUGUAAGAAGACAACAGCUGGGAGACAAAGAAAGCAUUUUAGUCUCCUGUGGUGUCACAUCCCCACAAGCAGUUUUAGUGGAAGGAUUACCCCAUCAACAGACUUUUAAUAAGCAUUGAUUUUAAUUUGGAGUUUUUAUAUGUAUUUUAAUAGCAUGAAGGAUUACAUUUAUUAACAUUCAGUUUUACUGGUUUACAAAAGUUAAGGAUUUUCUCUCAUCAUUAGAAAAUCUCUUCUGGGGAAAGAAAAAUCCAGGUGUAUUCUUCAUCUUCUGCACCUGAAGAAUAAACAACAUUUUUAUGUCAUUUCAGUGCCCUUUUCAAGCUUAAAAAUAAUCUUUCCUUUUGUGUAAGCUUGCCCAUAGUUGGUUUGACAGAUGAGGAGGGAAUAGAACAUUUGCAGCCCUGGAAACCACCGAGCAUUGUCAGUGAAAGAUGUAUUCAUAAGGUCUGGAGAGUGAUUAUAGCUGGAAGUUUUCCAACUCUAAUAUUUCUAGGUGACUUCCUGUUACACUGUGAUCUAUUGGUAUCCUUUGAAUUAAUGCAGGACAUUUUUUCAGAAGUUAGUGACUUUUUUUUUUUUUGUUUUAAAUAAUUCUUGUCGUAUUUAUAGCUGUUUUAACAACCAUAUUUAAGCAUUUCAAGUAUUUUGUAUUUAGAAUUUCUGUCUAAAUGUGCAGAGUCAUCUUGUCAAUCACAAUGAAGUUUUUCUCUUCUGAACUUUUGCACACUAAUUUUAUACGUUAAAAAAAUACCCAAACAUUUCGUACUGUUUAUAUUGAUACAUAACAAAACAACAAUAGAAAUUCAGCUUCCAAGCUUUUAUAUCCUUGUGGGAAAUGCUUCUGUGCCAGAUGAGCUUUUUACACAAAGAGAAGCUAAACAGAUAACAGUUUUCAGAUACAGGAAAUCCCUUUAGCUGAAGUGCCUGUCUGUGGUAACAUGGAAGCAUGAAGAACACUGGUCUUCUAAACUAGAAGAUAUUUUGAUAUUAAGUGAUGUCUUGAUGAUAUCAGUAUUACGCUUGCUUGAGAGUCUCUCAAACAACCCAGUAUUCAAAGUUGAAGCGGGAGAAAAAAGAGCGGAGGUUGAGCUGGCACCGUCAUUUGACUGCUUUGGUGCUACUCAAGAAGACAGAAGUCAUUUAUUCCAUUUGUAUUGACAUUCAAGUCAGUGGAACUGCGUUUGUAGAGAAAUACCCUAAGGAGCCAACAAUACGUGGAUGUAAAUCAGUGGGAAUUAAAAUAUGUAUUUCAUUUUGUCCUCAUAUUCUUAACAGUUAACAAUGCUUUUGAUAAAAAUAUGUACCUGCUUUUGAUAGAAAUAUGUACCUGUGGUUUCCUUUUUGCACAUGUGUAUGUCCACAAAGGCAAUAAAAUAUUUAGUAAGAAAAACUGAAAA